AUGGAAAUCACCAUUCCAGACGAUGAUUACUUUUAUGCCAAGCACGGUGUCAAAUGUCAGGACUUCGUAAGGUCGUUCCCUGCCGUAAGGCCGAAUUGUCGACUUGGAUCAAGAGUGCCUUUCAAUACACUGACUGGAGUCAUCGACGGUAACACAGUGUACGGUGUAACUGAAGAAUUCUCAAGACAUUUACGUACUGGCUAUGGAGGAUUGUUGAGGAUGAAUCCAGCAUUUCAUGAAUUUGGUUUAAAAGAUCUUCUACCUCUGAAAGUCGAUAUUCCAGAAGAGGGGUGUACGAGAGCAAACAAUACAGAGUUCUGUUUUGAAGCUGGUGAAAUCAGAGUCAACGAACAACUUGUCCUGGCAUGUAUGCACACCAUCAUGGCUCGUGAGCACAACAGGCUCGCGAGGGCUCUCGCUCAAGUCAAUCCACACUGGGACGAUGAGACUCUUUAUCAGGAAGCAAGGAGGAUAGUGAUUGCUGAGAUACAACACAUAACCUACAAUGAAUUCCUACCAAUUAUUCUCGGUAAAGAAGUCAUGGAAAAAUUUGGAAUUUUACUUGAAAAAGAUGGUUAUUGGGAUGGUUAUGAUCCAACUGUAAAUCCAAACAUAAUCGACGCAUUUGCCUCAGCAGCUUUCAGGUUUGGCCAUUCGCUUCUUCCAACUGCUGUCGAGAGAUGGAGCAAAGCCCACAAAUUUAUCGCUUCCAAGAGGUUAUCUGAUCUCAUUCGAAGGCCGUACGACUUGUACAGGGCUGGUGUAAUGGACGAAUACUUGAUGGGUCUGAUGAAUCAGGUAGCCCAAGCUAUGGAUGACUCGAUAACUCAAGAGGUAACGAAUCACCUGCUCAAAAAACCUGGGCAUCAUUUUGGAUUGGAUCUUGUAGCGUUUAACAUGCAGAGAGGAAGAGAAUUCGGAAUUCCAGGAUUCAUGUUUUACAGGAAGUUCUGUGGACUUCAGGCUGGAGAAGACUUCCAGGACUUGUUCGGUUCCAUGCCCAACACUACCGUUCACAGAUAUAUGCAGAUAUUUCAACAUACAAUGGAUGUGGACUUAUGGUCGGGAGGUGUCUCAGAGAAGCCACUUCCUGGAAGUAUGAUUGGACCCACUUUUGCAUGUGUCAUCGCGACUCAAAUGAGCUUUUUGAGACGAGGAGAUAGAUUCUGGUACGAAUUGCCAAAUCAGCCAUCAUCCUUUACUCUAGAACAACUUCGAGAAAUCAGAAAAGUAAAAUUAUCAAGGAUACUCUGUGACAAUACAGAUUUGAUAGAUUCAAUUCAAGUAUAUCCUAUGGUUCUUCCUGAUUAUGAAAUAAACCCAAGGGUCCCGUGCAGAAGUGGGAUCUUGCCUAGCUUGGACCUGACCAAAUGGGCCGAUUACGGUAACGAAGUAAGUCAAGGUUACCAAAUAUUUGGGAAAAAAAAGUAG